CGGAAGGGAAAUGCUUUGGUAUGGUAACUUUGCUAGCUACGAAAGUUAACGCUGCCGGUGAAGUUGUUUGGGGUUGAGCGGUUUUAAAUCAUUGGUGGACGCAUUUUUCAGGUUUUAUACGAUGGGUUUUAUCGUUGGAACUUGCAACACAAUGUGAGAUGACCCAGGGAAAUCAGAAUCAAGCGACCAACGGCAUUAUGUUGGUCAAAAACAUCAGAGACUCCGCCACACGUGGUGUUGGUCGGGCAAAGGUGACCCAUGCAGUUGUGGUCAUCUUUUUGGAGUUCUUUUCAUGGGGCCUGCUUACAACCCCAAUGCUGACGGUGUUACAUGAAACCUUUCCUCAGCACACAUUUCUUAUGAAUGGGCUCAUUCAAGGCGUUAAGGGUUUGCUCUCAUUCAUGAGUGCCCCUUUGAUUGGUGCAUUGUCUGAUGUUUGGGGCAGAAAAUCUUUCCUGCUGCUGACAGUGUUUUUUACCUGUGCCCCCAUCCCACUGAUGAGGAUAAGCCCGUGGUGGUACUUUGCCCUCAUUUCAGUAUCAGGAGUCUUCUCAGUUACAUUCUCUGUUAUAUUUGCAUAUGUAGCAGAUAUUACAGAGGAGCAUGAAAGAAGCACAGCCUAUGGAUUGGUCUCAGCAACUUUUGCUGCAAGUUUAGUCACAAGUCCUGCUAUAGGGGCAUACAUAUCUGCCAAAUAUGGAGACAGUCUGGUUGUACUCAUAGCCACCAUCGUUGCUGUAGCCGAUAUCCUUUUUGUUCUCCUGGUCGUACCAGAGUCUCUGCCAGACAAAAUGCGAUUGACCUCCUGGGGUUUUCCUAUUUCUUGGGAGCAGGCUGACCCCUUUGGUUCUCUGAGAAAAGUGGGUAAAGACCCCACAGUGCUGCUGAUAUGUGUCACAGUAUUUCUGUCAUACUUGCCAGAGGCGGGGCAGUAUUCCAGCUUUUUCUUAUACUUGAGACAGGUUAUUAACUUUUCACCAGCAGCAAUUGCAGCAUUUAUCGCAAUGGUUGGGAUUCUCUCUAUUAUAGCACAGACUUUGCUUCUGAGUCUACUCAUGAAGAAAAUUGGAAAUAAGAAUACUGUGUUACUUGGUCUUGUAUUUCAGCUUUUCCAACUGGCUUGGUAUGGCUUUGGGUCAGAACCAUGGAUGAUGUGGGCAGCCGGCACUGUGGCUGCCUUGUCCAGUAUCACCUUUCCUGCAGUGAGUGCAUUAGUCUCCCGCUGCACUGAUCAUGACCAGCAGGGUGCAGUCCAGGGAAUGAUAACAGGGAUUAGGGGCCUGUGUAAUGGUCUUGGCCCAGCUCUCUUUGGGUUUAUAUUCUUUCUGUUCAACGUGGAACUUAACGAGAUCAAUCCAGUAAAUCAUGACACGGCCUCGACUGUAAAAGAUGAGAGUUCAGUAAUUCCAGGACCACCUUUUGUGUUUGGAGCCGGUACUGUUAUCCUGGCGCUGCUGGUUGCCUUCUUCAUUCCAGAACGACACAGUCUAGCGGUAAAAACCUGCAGCACACGGGCCAUGUCAGUACCAGUCAGUGGAACCCAGUGUAAUAAUUCUGCUCCAGGGAGUGAUGAGGACAUCGAGCCUCUGUUGCAGGACAGCAGCAUGUAACUAUCAACCAUCAGCUUUUUGGAACAAAUAUAGAAGACCAUCUAUGGGAGCAAACAAAUUUGGCCCAGAAUAACAUGGACUAGGAACAGUUAUAACUUGGCUGUUCAUUUUAUUAUCUAAUAAAUUGCUUCCGGCAAUGUUUCUAAGAUUUUUUUUAAUAUACUGUUUUUUGUUUUUUUAAGAUGAGGUAAGGUUUGCUUAUUUUUGUUUUCAGCUAAAAUGAAUGUCGUUUACUGAUGCUUUGCUCUGUUGAAAGAGGGAGAGAGAAAGAGAAAGAAUGUGCCUUCACCAUACCUUUGCAACGUCAAUGUGUUUGUAUUUACUGAAUGUAUACUAUACUGUACUAUAGAAUAGUACUGUGGUUCUGUAACAACACAACCUUUUAAAGAAAAACAGAAAUAUAGUAUAUAUAUCUUUAAACACAAAUAAAUAAGUAAGAAGUUAGAAGGACUGAGAUUUACAUGUUUUUAGUUCAUUCAAUUGCCCCUUUUAGGGUAGAGGUAUUAACUAUGUUGGUAACUUGCUGUUAGCUAUGCGUUUGCGUACGCAUGAUGGCUGCCUUGCCUCUCCUGCGUUUGUUUGGUUGUACACAUUCUUUGAAAUGAACACAAUACAUACACGAGAUGCAGUACAGACAAAAAAAAGCACUAGGGGCAGUGGAGCACUCAAACGCACCAGUGUGACAGCUUUAAAGUUUUAAAGAAUGGCUACCCACAUCUUUAGAUGCGUGCGUGCAUUCUAGUUGGGCUGCAUUUUUCUCAGACUUUACGUCAUUAAAGGCUGAGAAAUGCAGCCAGUGUUUGGAGUGAUUUGAGGGACACAGCUGAUGUAUCCUUCGCAUUGUUAUUCUCACAACACAGCCACAUGUCUAUGCAAACACACAACCACACAGCAAGUAUAUCUCUAACCUUAGAUGUAAUAUACACAAUGCAGUGCAUGUAGUCUGUAAACUUCUUGCACAAAAUGUUGUCAUAGCUUUAACUGUAAUAUAAUAAGUUGUUUUAAAACAGACAUAUCCAAGAAACUGUACAUGAAAAGUGCGUAACCUGUAUACUGUAUAACAGUAUAACACAUUUUUGGCUUAAAAUAUUUUGUUGUUGAUAAAUGUGAGCUGUUACCUGUGUAUAUGUAAGAGAACUAUUUAUUUCACCCUGUGAUCUAUUGGAUUGUAAACGUUUGUUUGACCAUCUUUUUGUGUGGUCGUCACACAAAUGCUGCUACCUCAAGCCAUAACAUCAAGCAUGACUUAGCCCAACUUAAUUUUAAAAAGAAAAUCAUAAUAAUAGAAUAUUAUCAUCUUAGUUCAGAAUACCCAGAAUACCUUUUUUAUGCAAUCCGGUUUCUUUGCAACCACUGUAUAAUAAGCCACUCUUGACAUUCCUAUUAAAAUAGUAAUCGCUGAAUCUGUCGAAUAUGUGUGUGUUAUCCAGAAAUAUUAGAUUUAAUUGUCAAAUGUUUUGUGGCAAUAGAAAUACCAUGUCAUUGUAUUAAACAGUGCUGUCUAGCAUGCAUUGCAGUAACUUCUAGGAUGAAUUGUUUGCUAGAAGAUGAGUAAAUGUCUCCAUUUUUAUUUAGUUGGCAUGGUCUUUACUUUGGUCUUGACUAGAUAAACUAGUUCAAACAUAAUUUAAGAUACUUGACAUUUGCUUAAUUACUAUUUAAAUGCCUUCAAAUGUCUCUUCCACUGCUAUACAGCAUAUUGUACAUUUAAAGCACCUGUUUAAAGCACAUUAUAAAUCAUUGCAGUUGUUAUUUGUUUCUUUUACUAGAUUUUAAGGCACAAACAAAUGUAGUUAAAUUAUGUUGAUUGAUGCAAUCAUUAUGUGCAGUGCAGUAGUUUCUGCAGAACUGUAUAGAUUUAUGCAUAAAUAUAUAUACUUAUAUCCUGAGACAAAUGACGUGGUCAGAGUUUUUUCUUUAUUAACUGCACUUUUGUAAUAUGAGAUGUCCUAUUUAACCAGAUAUGCAGCAGUUCUUUAUGAUUUGUGGUUAUUAAUUGAUAACAAUUUGAAAAUAAGUGGUCUAUUACUGUCAGUGUGUACGGUGUACACAAAGUGUUUGCUAAAUGCUGCAACUUGACAUUGUUCAAUGUGCCUGUAUAGAAUUAAUAAUUGAUUGUACAAGUAAAACAGUAAGUUCUCAGUCA